GUGCCCUUAGUUUAUUCUCAUUAAAACCUGUAUCUAUGCAAAGUUUCAAAUCGAAAUUCGAAAAUCAACUUUUCUGUGAACCACGGUAUUCAUUUAAACAAUACCGUAAAAGUGCAAUAAGCUAAAGGUACGAACUCUUAUUAGGGUAUUCAUAGCUGAUGUAGAUUUACUUAAUGCACAUAGUCUUGACUCAAAAGCGAUUUAUCAUUUAGAAAACUUUCCUCGAAAGAUUUAGUCUUAAUUCUAAUUAAAUAAAAACAUAUAUAUUUUGUAAAAUGUUUACUUUAUUUAUAUUUCAGGAUGAAUAUGUUUUUGAAAAUAUAAUUGAUCCAGAUUAUAAAUAUAAAUUUCCUCUUGAACUUGAACGUUAUUAUGCAAAAGAUAAACGUACAUUAUUAAAUAUAUUAUGUAAAAAAAUUUUAACAACAUCUAAAUCAGAUAAUUUAUUACAUCAACAACAAUGCCUAUCAAGUACACCACGUUAUUUAUCUUCACAAUAUUUAUUUGGUAGUAGUUUAACAGAUGAAUUAGCUGUUUUUUGA